CUACAUUGAUCUAAAUAGAGCAUUAAAUGAUGGUUUGAAAUUCUACGAGUCUGAAAAUGGAGUUGUUCUGACACAAGGAAACGAGAAGGGACUCUUGGAGCCCAAGUAUUUUAGACUUCACCUCUAUCCAUGAACCAUGGAGACAAAGGUAACAACGCCGGCGGAUGAAACCCCCACGACCGCCGCCCCCCCACAACCCACACCACCCACACCACAAUCGGCACAGAUCGCACCAAAAUCCGCUUCGAAAACUGCACCACAAGAUGUAACGAAACAACCGUCAGAAGUUUCACCACAACCUGCACCGAAGCAACCUUCCAAGGCUGCGCCACAACCCGCAUCGAAGCAGUCUUCGAAAGCUACCCCGCAAUGUACACCGAAACAAGCCCCGCCGAAGCCCGCCCCCCGGCAGCCAGCCCCGCAACCUGCGCCCCGAAGAAAGAACGGCGCGUCCCCAGCGCCUACAACUUCGCAACCAAAACCCGACACACAGAGCACAACUAAAGAGAAGGCAACCAAAAUGAUUAUUGUGACAGGUUUUCCUCCAUAUGUCCAGCCCGUGGACUUAAUAAGAACUUUCAAUGUAUUUGGAUCAGUCCAAAUCAAUAAGCUGAACCCAAGAUUCUCUACGAUCACAUUCUCAUCAGAAGAGGAAGCUGCGGAGGCCGUCAAAUGUAACAAUGAACUGAACAUCUACGGAGAGUUUCUAACAAUCAAAUUGUACUACGGACGGCCUUGUGAGGAACCCAAACACAGUCCCAAGAGAGAAUUUGCAAGGACCAAAGAGAAAUCCAUAACCAUAGAUCCGAAGAAGAUUGACAUGUCUGGUGAUUUUCACUCUCAACUCGACAACAUUCUGGCUGCUGUGAGACUGACCCAAGAGGACGUGACCGCCCUCACUCAACUCUAUACAGACGUUGAAUACGCUCUGCAGUCAAUAUGGCCUGGUUGCAAAACAGUGCCCUUUGGUUCUAUAACCACGGGGCUGGGAGUUAAAACGAGCGACGCAGACUGUUUCGUGGAUGUGCCGCCGCCCUUCAGACACCCCCAGGCCAACUUCGUCGUCAAGGCCAAGAAGAUCCUUCAGCACUAUCCGGGAACGUUCUCUGAGAUACUGUGCAUACCUCGGGCCAACACCCCCAUCGUCAAGUUCUUCCACAUCCCCACCGAAACCAACUGCGAUCUGACCUUCAAGACUCCGCUGGGAGCACACAACAGCAAGCUGAUCGCGUUCCUCCUGCACGCGGACCCCAGGCUCAUCCCGAUGGCCGUGGUCAUCAAGUACUGGGCUAAAGUGCACGACUUCUCUGGAACCGGGAAACUGACGAACUACGCUCUGACGAUGAUGAUCAUAUUUUAUCUGCAGCAGCCGCCCAUCUCGAUCCUGCCGGCGGUGGCGUGGCUGCAGAGUGACGCUUCCACACACUUCCUCGUAGACUCCUGGAACGUGGGCUUCAUGGGCCAGAGACAGCUGCUGCCACCCUCCUCCAACACUUCCUCCAUAUCGGAGCUCCUAGGAGGCUUCUUCGAGUAUUAUUCCUCGUUCAACUUUGACGAGAUGGUCGUGUGUCCAUACUUAGGUGCGCCGAUAAAAAAAGCGUUAUUUAGAGACACAUUUUUGCUGCCCAAAGAGUUUGAUCGGUACAAGAUGAAUGUGUUGGAGAAUAUGGUGCUGCCCAUGCGCCACGGCUCCGCCAUCUGCGUGCAGGACCCCUUCGAGCAGUCGCACAACUUAGCGUCCGCCAUCACCUCCAGGCUCGCCUCCGACAUCAAAGCUUACUUCAAGCACGCGGCGAACGCUUACGAAAAGGAAAAGUUGAAUCGUAAUUUGGAGUUCCUAAAGAUCAUACUGCUCCAAGCACCCAAUCUGCUGCGUCCUAAAACCCAUCAAGAGUACCGAGUGAACAUAUUCCGCAGGAUUAUUGCGGCGAUAGUGGAUCCGGAUUGGAAAUCCGUAGUCAGAGAAAUAGUGUUUAGGAUAUUCGAGAAACUGCUGAAGAUUACAUUAGGGAAGUGUGAGGAAACAAUGAAGCCGGACAGUAAAAAACAGAAGGAAAAGUACUCCGGACAAGUGACGAAGGCAAUAUGGAAGCGAAAAAAAUUCACCAGAUUAUACAGCGCCACCAACCUGGACUUCGAGAGCCAACAGAAGAAGAUAACAGAGGAGAUCAUGCUGGUCGAGAAGCAGGCUAUCGAAAUGAACUUCUACUUGAUUCUAACAUUUUCUGACAAUCCCACCAGCGCCGUCAUCUCGCUGCGGAACGCUUCGCCCGGACAAAUAGAGAACUUUAGAGAAUUUGGAAAGUUUUUCAUUUCGAGCAUGCAGCAGUGGUUCCUAGAACUAGUGAAACCCUAUUCCACGCCCAUAAAUGAAAACGUAGCGGACACGAUAAAAAUGAUAGACAAGAACGCCGAGGAGCCGGAUACGUCUGACAGUGACGUGGAAAAUUUGCCGCAAAACCAAGCUGAGGAAUGUAACGAGAAUGACAUUAUAGUGACGGACAAAAUGGCCACUAAAGAAGCCGGCAACCUCAGCGAAGAAUGUACUACGCAUUAAUCUAACGAAUCGUGCAUUUUAAAAUCAUGAAAAUUAAAGUACUUAUGACGCGACUUCUUAGUUUAUAAUAAUUUACAUAUAGUACAAUUUUUCUCAUAUUUUUUUAGUUCUAGUGAACUAAUUUAUAUA